AUCAACCCUAUGUUAGACUAGUUGAACCAGACGAAAGCAGACGACAUAAACAAAGCAAACAAAUUGAAAAAUGGAAGCUGAAGAUCAAGUUGUUGAAGAAGUUUUGGAUAAUGAAGACGAUGACGAAUCCUUAUUUCAAGACAUUGAUAUGCUUCAAAAUCAUGGAAUUAAUGUUGCAGACAUUAAAAAGUUGAAGCAGGCAGGAAUAUGUACAAUCAAAGGAAUUCAAAUGACAACAAAGAAGAGGCUUUGUAAUAUCAAAGGAAUAUCUGAGGCGAAAAUGGAGAAGAUAAAAGAAGCAUCAGGAAAACUUAGUGAUGCUGGAUUUCUGACAGCACUCGAGUAUGCCGACAAAAGAAAACAGGUCUUCAGAAUUUCAACAGGCAGUCAAGAAUUUGACAAACUUGUUGGUGGUGGAAUGGAGAGUAUGGCCAUAACAGAAGCUUUUGGUGAAUUUCGCACAGGAAAAACACAGCUAUCGCAUACGUUAUGUGUUACAACUCAGCUGCAUGGUGACAAUGGCUAUACCGGUGGAAAAGUGAUGUUUAUAGAUACAGAAAACACAUUUCGUCCAGAUAGACUGCGAGCAAUUGCAGAUCGAUUCAACUUGGAUCAAAGUGCAGUUUUAGAUAAUGUUCUGUACGCAAGAGCAUACACAAGUGAGCACCAAUUUGAACUGCUAGACUUUGUGGCUGCCAAGUUUUAUGAGGAACCAGGUGUCUUCAAACUGCUGAUUAUUGACUCCAUAAUGGCCCUCUUUAGAGUGGAUUUCAGCGGCAGAGGAGAGCUUGCAGAUAGGCAACAAAAACUAGCUCAAAUGUUGUCAAGGCUACAGAAAAUAUCUGAAGAGUACAAUGUUGCAGUAUUUGUAACAAAUCAGAUGACAGCUGAUCCAGGAGCAACAAUGUCUUUCCAAGCUGACCCUAAGAAGCCUAUUGGGGGAAACAUAUUGGCUCAUGCCUCUACAACAAGACUUAGUCUUCGUAAAGGAAGAGGAGAAAACAGAAUAGCAAAGAUAUAUGAUAGCCCUGAUCUGCCUGAAAAUGAAGCCACGUAUGCUAUAACAGCAGGCGGUAUUGCUGAUGCAAAGGAAUGAUCAAAGUGAAAUAUUCACCUGAACAACUAGAACGGACUUGGACACUUUGACCAAUACAUGUAACAAUAAUAACAACAACAAAAAAUACAUAAACAACAAAAAAACAAUGAAGCUCAGGAUGAAUAUUUGUAUUUU